CAGAGCUCUGGAGGCUGCUCUAUUCUCUUCUGAAACAAAUACAUGAGGGAGGAUGCACUAAGUCUGACACCAUAGACACCCAGAUCAGAUUUGUGAAGUCAGUGCUGCGGUACCAUGGCUAUGGCAGGCCAGAAUUCUAUCAGCUUCCUUCUGAUGGCUCUGUGGGUAGCCGGGAGCUGUUGCUGGCAUUUUCCUGGCUUCUGCACAGGAUUAAUCUUUUGGAGCAGUUACUGAGUGUGAACCGAGUGAGAAUCGGAGAUGAAACCUCAUUGUGCACAUGUGGAAAUAAUCUCUUGAAGAGCUGGAAGGGCAUGGCUGAAUUAGCACCAGAGCCUGGCCUGAAAAAUGAAGUGGAUAUCAGAUACCUACAGUGGUUAAAUGGCAAGUUGCGGUUCCAGUGGCGGAGUUUGCAUGUUGAUUCUCAGGAGCAAUGCAAACUCUUGUAUAAGAUUCAUUUCUACACUAAUGGCUCUCAUAUGGACCAGACCAUUGGACAUUUUUCUGUCACAGAAACGGAUCUCAUUAGACAACCUGAUAACUAUAAACAGUUGAUGCAGUUGUUGGAGUCUGAAACCUCUCGAUUAGAAGCAUUUCUGGAAUGGAAACAGCUGGAACCAGUUUAUUGGCAGUGGAUGGAGACUGUAUUGGAUACCAUGGCUAAAGAUGUGAAUACAUGCAAUGCACAGGAUAUAUGUAGUAAGAAAACUACUUUGGCAAAUUCUCCCUUGUGUUACUGGAGUGCUGACAAUAUUGUUGAAGAAAUUGACCAGUUGACCAAAGAUCUAGUGAUCCUAGGUGAUGAACUUUGUGAUGUAGUAACUUGUAAGAAGUCAGAGUGGCAUGAAAAGAUCAAAGCAAGAGAGAGUGAGCUACUGGAUGAGAAGGAGUUCUCUGAAGCCAUCAGAAAAAUACAUGAAGCUGUGGAGCUUAAACUAUCAGAAUUUAAAUACCAGUGUGCCCAUAAAAAGAAUAAAAUGCAUGGCCCAUGCAGACUGGUAUUUAAGGACAAACAUCCUGCAAGCAAAAUGGGUUUUAGCAGAUCCAGAGCCAAGGAGGCACUUAUGAAUGUUAGUGCCAGUGAAUUGGUCAAUGAACUGAGAAUGAGAGAGGCCAGGCUGGAGAAAGAGCUAAAGCAACUGCAGGAAGAGUGCAGGCAUAAGCUGACUGAGAUUGUGGAUGAGCUGGACGGUGUGAUUUGUAUACCUCCUAUGAAGAGAUAAUGCUGCAGGGAAGAAGGCAAAGAAAUAGAGCUCUUUGAUCCAAGCACAUUACAAAUCUUGGGGUGGGCGUGGGGGAGGCAAAGAGCUGAAUGUCAUUUCUAAUUUUCAGCCUUGAAAAUGCCACUUGUCACUGUUUCAUGACACAGAUCCGGACUGUAACACUGCUUCCCUAGUGAUUCUACCCUUGCCAAUUAAAUUCUGCAGCAGGUCUAAUGAACUUUUGAGAGAAAUUUUAAAUCAUUCCUUUAUCUCAGAUUUCUGAUGCUUCCACUAGGAGCCGGGUUCCCUUUUAAAGCACUCAGCUGCUAGACAUAAUGUACUUGUGAGUCUGUGGUCUGAAAAACAGAUUACAUCUGGCAGCAAAUCAAGGUACUGGGCAGAGAUGCCCAUUGGCUUUCCAUGCUGAAAGGCAUGUAGAGCACCAGGUAUGAAAUAUAUUGGCAACAUGCAGGGACGGUUGUUAUGUUGUUCAGGUAGUUUGCAUAUCCAUGGUAAGGCUACUGUUCAGAGUUACCACAAAGCCAGAUACAAAUGCUUUGUGGUAAAUAAAGAGGCAUCUUCUGCCUUCACUGGUAUUAGGCACUUGGUUCACAUUCUCAAGGAAAAUCCCUCUGUUUUACAAAACUAUUGAGUUAUGUGCCCCACUGGUAUAAUUUAUGGAUCUGCUAGAGAAUGUUUUUGUUAAGUAGAAAUACAGCAUUAAAUUUCAAGCAUUGCAAAACUCCAGUCUCCACUCCAGAGACUCUGUCCCCCUAAGAACAUGAAGCUUUUCAUUUAGUUUUGGCAUUCUGUCCCUCUCUGCUCAUUUACAGGAAGAAAUAUGUUUAUAUUUUAUGUAUGUACCUUCAGAAAUAAAAGCAGUUUGCUUUGCAUUUUU